AUGAGAAUAUUAUUUGCUCAGUUGUGUAAAUUAUACACUGUUUUUUUGGUUGUAAAUGCAACUAUACUAGUUUUAGGAGCACCUCUAAAUAAUGGGACUAGUAUGAUUCCAUUGACUCCCUUACAAAAGCGACUCACAAUUCCCGUUUGUCCCGACCAUCACCCUAUUUACGUUGAAUCUGAGUGUGAGUCAAUGUACUCAAUUCUUAUUACUUGCAAUACUGGUACAAAUCCACCUGAUACUGAUUUUAUUUCUUAUCCAUGUCAACCACACGAAACUUGCAUUCAAACAUACCGAUACAGGAUUAAAUACUGUUUUAAUGCAGGCUCAGAAAACAUAGUAACAGCUUAUGGUGCUGCUCAAAAGCUUAGUUUACUUAGUGAUCCUGGAUAUGCUGAAUUUUUAGACAUUGAACCUUUAUAG